UUUUUUGAAGGGCAUAGAUGGGGGCCAGCUUUUAGCAGCCAUUGGUGUUGACGGGAAUGACAACAUGUUUCCCAUUGCCAUUGCUGCAGUGGAGGCUGAAUGCAAGGAUUCAUGGGUAUGGUUUUUGACCCAAUUAGUAGAGGACAUAGGAGCUGGCAGUGACAUUGGGUGGACAUUCAUUUCAGACAGACAAAAAGGAUUGGUGCACACCUUUACACAGAUUUUGCCUAAUGUUGAGCAUAGGUAUUGCUUGAGGCACUUCUACAUCAACUUCAAAUAGAAGUUCAGGGAAAAAGAGUUUAAGGAAUUGAGGUGGAAAUCUGCAAAGGCUGGGAUAAGAAGAGAGUUUGAUUAUCAUAUGAAGAAGUUGGGGGAAUUGGACAAAGAAAACAAGCCAAAUGAGUGGUUGAUGCAAGAGAAUCCUGAAACAUGGGCCAAGUCUUACUCCAGCACAAGAUCCAAGUGUGAUAUUCAAGUGAAUAAUCUUAGUGACUCUUUCAACAAGUACAUUUUGCCAGCAAGGGAUAAACCAAUCAUCUCAAUGGUGGAGUGGAUUAGGAGGAAACUGAUGAACAUAAUACAAGUGAAGAAAAAUGAAAUGGAAAAACAUGGUGGCUUUAUUUGUCCAACUAUGUAACAAAAAUUAGAGUCAAACAAAGAGGAUGCUAGGAAUUGCUUUGCUAGCUUUGCAGGUGAGUUAAAGUUUGAGGUGGAUUGUUAUGAUAUAACUCAUGUAGCGGACUUGAGGGCAAGAACAUGUGGGUGUAGGGAUUGGGAUCUAACAGGUAUACCUUGUAAACAUGCCAUAAGUUGUAUAUACCUUACUAGGGAGAAACCUGAAGCUUAUGUGCAUAAUUACUUUAGCAAGGAGACAUACUUAAGGACAUAUUCUUUCAUGAUAAAUCCUGUGCCAGGGAAACAUGAUUGGAUUGAGACUGGAUAUGAUGCCAUAGCCCUUCCUUACGAUAGAAUACUAGUAGGGAGGCCUAGAAAAGAGAGGAAGAAAGCUGCUGAUGAGGCCAAGAAUGUACAGUGGGUGUCAAGGAAGUACAAAACUAUGCAAUCUGCAAAGUGUAUGGGUUUUGGACACAACAAAAGAUCAUGCAAAGGUCCAGUACACAAGAAAUCCACAAUGUUCAAGAGGAGGGAUGGACCAACAACCAGCUCUAGAAAAUCUGCAAGUCAACCAAGCAAGCUGCAAGACACACAUCUUCAUCCUAACCAUCUGCCACUCAUCCUGUUUUAUCCCAACAAGCUGCUAGUACUCAUCCAUCUUCAUUCCAACCAGCUGUCACUACUCAAUCACAGCCAACAAUGUCUUGUGAAGCAAGUGCAAGUGCAAGUGUGCAAGUGCAAGUGCAAGUGCAAGUGGAAGUGGAUUUGCAACAGCUGGAAUGAAUUGAAAUAGAAGAAGUUUUUUGUAAUUGAAAUGUUGUUGACAUGUUGGAAUGUUAUUGAAUUAUACUCACAAUACCUAUUCUUUUUUGUUUAGGGUUUAAACUGUUAUCUUAUGUUGGAAUGCACAAGUUUUUGUAAUUGAUAUGUUGGAUUGUUGUUGACAUUAAAACAUGUUUUGUAAUUGAAUUGUUGACAUGUUGGUCUUAGGGAGCAGGUUUUGUAAAUAUAUGUUG